AUGGGGCAAGUUAACGGACGGGAUUUUAGAAUCAUGCCAACAAAAUAUAUUAGAAAAGGGACAGUGCAAAGGGGAAAAUGGACUGAAGCCGACUUACUCCGGGCUGCAGAAGCAGUUAAAAACGGUGUGAUGGGCUUGAGAGAAGCAUGCCGCACUCUCAACAACAUUCCUCCUCCAACACUUAGAAGGCGACUUAAAAAUAAUGACUUUAUCAAAAAAACUCUUGGACCGCCUUGUAUCCUUGGCAUCCAGAAUGAAUUAAAAAUUAGGUUUCAUAUACAAAAGCUACAAAAACACGGAUUUGCGCCAACGCAUGAAAAUGUCAGAGCAAUGGCGUUUCACCUGGCAGAUCAGCUUAAAAUUAAACGCCCUUUUAAUAGAGACAGUAAACUUGCUGGUUAUGACUGGUUACAUAUGUUUUUACAACGACAUCCAGACUUGAGUGUUAGAAAAGCUGAGGGUGUAUCACUAGCUCGAUGCAACGGUAUGAAUAAAGAAAAGGUCUCGGCGUACUUUAAUCUGUUAGAAACAACAUUAAUGGAGGCCGGUUUAGUAAACAAGGCUGGUCAUAUAUUUAAUAUGGAUGAGACGGGUCUCCAACUUAAUAAUAAGCCAGGUUAUGUUAUUGCUCAGAAAGGCUCAAAAAACGUUGCCGCAAUAACAUCAUCAGAAAAGGGAGAAACAAUUACGGUAAUCUCAUGUUGUAAUGCAGAAGGUUUUUACAUACCACCAGCUUGCAUUUUUAAGGGCAAAAAUAAAAAAACCGAGUUUGAAGAUGGUAUGCCUCCGGGUUCUGUGGUUUACAUGAACGAAAAAUCCGCUUAUAUUAAUACGGAUUUGAUGUUUACCUGGUUAAAAGAACAUUUUGUUCCACGUAAACCAGACGGAAAAAUUCUACUUUUACUGGAUGGUCAUGCCAGUCAUUGUAAUUCGGUAGAAAUGCUGGAAUAUGCCGAUGAACAUAAUGUUAUUCUGUUUUGUCUACCUGGUCAUACUACUCAGUUCCUUCAACCAUUGGACAGGUGUUUCUUUAAAAGCCUGAAAGCCUUUUGGAAUAAAGCUUGCAAUACAUUUGUAAAAGCAAAUCCUGGUAGGAAAAUUUCUCGUAUGCAAUUUGGUCAAUUGUUGUCGGAGGCGUGGUCAAAAGCAGCAACUGUUGAUAACGCUGUGUCGGCUUUUAAAUCUACAGGAAUCUGCCCAUUUAAUCCUGGUGCUAUACCAGAGUAUGCCUACUUGGAUUCUGAAGAUGAAAAAUUAGAUCCCAAUACUUCUGCAGUUUAUGCUACUGAAUCUAAUAAUACCACUCAAACAAAAGACGAUAAAAUGCCCUCUACUUCAGCCUUAGAGUCAGAACCUGAACCGGAGCUGAUAAAUACCGAUAAAAACACCCCCGAAACACUUCUUAACAAAUUCUUUCCGGUGCCCAGCUCCUCAUCAGCUAGCAUUCAGAAAGUACGAAAGAAGGCAGAGCAAGUGGCGGCCGUUUUAACAUCCCCAAGUCACAUUGAACAAAAAGAUCUGCUUUUAAACAGAAGAAAGAAGAAGAUUAGAGAAAAACAUCAAAGAGGAAGGCUCUGCAUGAAAAAAAGAAUAAAAGAAAAAAUCAAAAAAUUGAAGAUGAAUCAACAGACGAUGAUACUGAUGCAUUAG